UGCAGACUGCUUCUACAGACAUUUGUAAAAGAAUGGGUUGCUCUCAGGAGUUCAGUGAAUUCAAGCGUGGUACCGUGAUAGGUUGCCACCUGUGCAAUAAGUCCAUCCGUGAAAUUUCCUUGCUACUAAAUAUUCCAUGGUCAACUGUUAGUGGUAUUAUAAAAAAGUGGAAGCAACUGGGAACAACAGUAACUCAGCCACAAAGUGAGCGGGGUCAGCGCAUGCUGAAGCGCAUAGUGCAUGGAAGUCCCCAACUGUCUGCAGAAUCAAUAGCUAAAGACCUCCAAACUUCAUGUUGCCCUCAGAUUAGCACAACGACAGUGCAUAGAGAGCUUCAUAGAAUGGAUCUCCAUGGC